AUGGCCCGCCGCCGCGCGCCGCCGCCCCCAGCCGCCUCUUACUGCCGGAUCCGACCCGGCCACCAUCGCCAUGGCGCGGCGCCUCCACCUCCCGGCGACACAUCCCACCUUCUCGCGCGGUGUGUCCACCCCCGCCGAUGCGUCCCGCCGCCCCAACCCUCCCCUUCCUCGCAUCGGGAUGGGCAACAUCCAGUCGGUGCCUGAACCCCAUCCCACCGGCGCGGCUCACUGCAGUCGUAGUGCUUCUGCGCCACGCCACCGCUGAAAAUAAACACAUGGGGACGUGCUGCCCUCAGUCCUCUCUCGACGUAUCCAGUAGUGCAGGUUCUCCGGUGCACGAAGUAUUGCCGGCGUCAUGCCCAUUGAGAAGAUGCAGAUUUUCUGCUAGAAAAGGUAUCAGUUCACUUUGCAAAAACUCUACCGCUGUACAAGUCCUCGUCGACCUGCAGCAGCAGCAGGAGACACGAGAUUACCUCCAGCACCGCUGGUCACAUGAAGGCCGUCAAAAAUGCACGAGGGAGGUUUGGACGGACACUGAUAACUAGACAACUAUGACGCUGCCGAUCACUUGCACGAAGGACACCAGCAGGUUGAGGAUGAAGUACAUGAUGCGGACAAUGAGGACGACCAAAACAUGGAAUCUGUACACAUAGCACCAAUUGCAAAUUCAAAUUUUCUGUCCAUGAUGAUUUGAUUGCUACUUCUUAAAGAAAGUGUACAUAACAGUUAGAUGUUUGUGCAAGAAAGGAAAAUUUAUUUGAAUUAAUAACAUUUAUCAGUACGAAUCGAAAACAAUGAUCGGUUCGAUAGUGCCCUCUCCUGCC